AUGAAUAUUAAACGCAAAAGUUUAGAAUACCUAAAAAAGAAAAUUGGUUAUUUACAAGAUGACGAUACAUAUGUUGUAAAACCAGGUAUAAGAGGAGAUGUUGAUUAUCUUAUUCAUUUGCUGAAACUUAAAUGUGUUGAAGAUGCAAAACGUGCGAAAUCUUCGAAAAAUAUUCAAUCAUCAUCAUCAUUAAAUAGAACAACAGUAGCAUCCUCAACAGGAACAAAAUUAGUAUCUGAUAUUCCUUUGAGUGAUCUAUCAGAAACUUCAACAAUUAAACAUUCAAAUUUGUCAAAUAAUGAACAUAAAAAAAAUAUAGUGGACUCAAUAAAUUUCUGGUGGGAAAAUAAUAAGUCAAAUAUUGAUUCUUCACAAUUUUGUUCAUUGAAGGUCAACAUUUUUUUAUCUCUAUCUUGA